CUCUGUUGUGUGCCACGGCCUGGCUUUGCUUGUUCAAAACCGCCACACCAUAGUCGUUCCAUGUUCUGUCCUAAACUCCAUAUCACCAACAUCCUCAGCCUCGCCUUCGCCCCCCAUUUAUCACAAAUACCUCUUGCGCCUACCUUGUCAAAUUACUGUCUCGCAGGAUGCUCAUGCCGGGUUGAUCUGUCGAUUUAUACAAUUCAUUAGCACCUUUCCUCCUCCGUCUCGUUGCUUUUCUGCUUGUCUGCAGAGCCUUUGACCCCGCAUCCAGCCAUUGCCCAUCAUACUACAUUGGUACCUUAGUACUUAAGGUACUCAAGGACUGAAACACUUCGUCACUUUUUCUUGAUCCCAGCCAGACGCUUCCUCCGUUAUCUAUUAAACUUCCAAUAUUUCGUAUGGGACCUACGAGCUUUCAUAUUUACUAACUCCAUUCAGCGAAUCUGAGUGCCUAAGUAUACCUGAAAGAACUUCAACGUGAAGCUUUCCAGGUUGCCAUACUGUACUCCCAUACAAGAUUCACUCACUGUGGCCACAUAUCGUUGCAAAAUAGCGCAAGACAAGCCCCUUUCAAAGAUCAAUCCCGCAACAACGUUAUCAGAACUUGCGUUGAUUCUGGCUCAUUCGUUACCCCCAGGCUUUUGUAGCCCUUCUUUCCCAACUACAAGAGGCCCUAGUCGUUGAGCCGUACUAGGAGUCUCAAAGGCCUAGACCGCCCACUACUCGACUCCAUUUAGCUCCGAAAGAAUCGCACCAUCUAUUUCCCCUCCAUCGCUCCUUCUUGUACCCAUCUCUAAUCGAUCGCGUCCCGUCUCCCGAUCGAUAGCUCCCCGCGGUAUUGUUAGGAUAUUCGCCGUUAUUUCCACUCUGCUCUGAAUUUUCUGACCAGAAUUUUCCUUCCCACCACUCUUGUCGAACCUAUUCAACGACAUAACCAGAAGAAUCAGCCUUUCUGUAUUCUGAUUCCAUCAACGCACCUCAUAUCCAAUGUCUGCCUCCGACUCGAUCCCGGCCACGCCGGAGGACUGGAAGGAUCUGUCGACACCUGCAUCCCCAGGCUCUGAAGAUUCGUCAGAACCCAGUACGCCGCUCGAAUCUCCCGGUCAUGAUAGCCCCAGUGAGCCUCCUCGACGAGUACCAUCUCUGCGCUCCGUUUCCGAUCCUCGCAACAUGAAUCCGAACUCAACUGCUAUGGGUGUUUUAGGCAUGGCCAGACGCCCUGUACAAACAUCCUCGAGUUUUGCUGGAAGUAGUAGUGCCUCGGUGGAAAACAGUAUAAUGGCCAAAGCCCGAGCAUUACAUCAACAACGCAUGCAGAAGGGCAUGUCUCCCGCUGGAAACCCCGGAACACCCUCGGGGUCAUCACCUACGGCCAGCGUUGCUAACGGAUUCCCUACCAAUCUGGGAUUGCCGCCCAAUAUGCAACGACCGCACGCACCACAUGUAAAUUCAGCUCCUGCGAUAACGAAGCCCUCGCUGAGCGAGAGAAGGGCCAUGGGCGGCGGCAUGGGCAUGAAGCUGUCUGAUAUGGGUAGACCCAGCCCUGUCACCGCCACUGGGAAGAAACGGGGGCCUCCUGGAAAGCUUUCUGAUAUCACAGGUGAUGCGCCAGGUAGUCAACAAUCCAACGGAACAGGGGGUGGUCAGGGGUCAAAAAUGGACGAUUUCAAGAAAUACAUCGACACAGAGAAGGGAUGGGUGACCUUUGAUGGCGCUGCCACAAUCACACGGACAGGUGUCAACUUUGCCAAUGGCCAAACCUUCAGCAUAUCUCUUGAUGAAGUUGAAGUCUUGACCGAGCUGGGUAAAGGAAACUACGGAACAGUCUACAAGGUCAAGCAUGCCAAGCGAAGAGUCCCUCGCUUCGGACAAGGCCUCUCGAGAAAGCCCCUUCCUGUUCAGUAUUCGCAAUCGGACCCUUCUCCCAUUGGAUCUGCGGAAGACUCCGCCGAGGGCUUGCCAGACACGACCGACGGUACAACGGGCACAGUAAUGGCGAUGAAAGAAAUGCGCCUGGAGCUCGACGACGCCAAAUUCACAACCAUUCUGAAGGAGCUCGUCAUCUUACACGAGUGUGUUUCUCCGUAUAUCAUCGACUUUUACGGCGCCUUCUUCCAGGAAGGUGCUGUUUACAUGUGUAUUGAGUAUAUGGAUGGCGGAUCUAUCGAUAAGCUGUAUAAUGGUGGCAUCCCGGAGAAUGUUCUUCGAAAAAUCACAUACUCUACCGUGAUGGGUCUCAAAUCACUGAAGGAGGAGCAUAGCAUUAUUCAUCGCGAUGUCAAACCAACAAACAUCUUGGUCAAUACACGAGGCCAGGUCAAGAUUUGCGAUUUUGGUGUCAGUGGUAAUCUGGUAGCUAGUAUAGCGCGAACCAACAUCGGCUGUCAGAGCUAUAUGGCCCCCGAGAGAAUCUCUGGCGGUGGAUUCGCACAAGCCGGUAAUUCCGAUGGCUCAUACAGCGUUCAGAGCGAUGUCUGGAGUUUGGGCCUGACCAUCAUCGAGUGUGCUAAGGGCGCUUAUCCUUACCCACCAGAGGUCUCUUCUACUAUUUUCAGCCAACUGAGUGCUAUUGUUGAAGGUGAACCACCUGCUAUGCCAGAGGACACUUACUCGGACAUGGCCAAGGAUUUUGUGAAAAGCUGUCUUCACAAGAUUCCUAUGAAGCGGCCAACCUACGCCAUGCUAUUGAAACAUCCGUGGCUCGUCGAAUUUACAAAGCCUCAAACAAUCACGGAAGAAGCUGAGGAGGGUGAUGGAGUUGAUACGGUCGCGGAAGCUGUUGGUAAAAUUGAUUUGAGCUCAUCAACUGCAGAUACUGAAGUGGCAGAUUGGGUCAAUGGCGUUCUACAACGAGAGAAAGAUGGCCUGAAGGAGGACGGGCCCUUGAAACCAGCACUACACAAUGCACCGCUUGAUAGCGUCAGUCCUAUGUCAAGCCCAAAGGAUGCAUGAAAGUUUGUAAAGCCGGUGCGGCCCAAUCCUACCUCUCCGGGGGAAAGACUCGGCCAUCUAGGAAGCAUGCCAACGGAGCAGGUAUCUAGUUGGCUACAGGACUAUGGAUAACAAGCAUCUGCUCAACUGAUGCGACGGCUAUUUCCAAUGUGUCGACCUUUUAUCAUCAGCAGUAACACAACACAAAGUCCCCAGGCAUCAGCAUGUGUUACUUGAAUCAUUUUGACCUUCUUUUUCUGCAUUUUUUCGGAGGACACUCCUGUACACGCUUUAGGAUGGGUUUAGACAAAUUCGGGCCGGAUUUUGGCAUUUGUUUUUCGGAAGAACAAAAUUGGGCGAAUGGCACCAAGUUGGAAAACGAACCAGGAUAGCAUGUUGGUUUUUUUUUUCAUUUCAUGUACUUGAAGGAAAGGGACAGCGGCGAACAACACAGGAUAAAAGAGAGGGCUUUGGAGGUGACUUCGGGCUUCAAUCGCUUAACGAGAGUUAGGGUAGGGGGGUGAUAUGCAUUUCAUGGUUUGGCGAAUGGACGAAUAACGUCAAUAUGGAACAUGCAUAAUGAUUUGAACUUUAUGGUAUUAGGUACCUCGUGGACUAUACAACGGCAACAUGACCUAUCCUCGCUGUAGUAGUAACUACUGAAGAGUGAUCAUUUGUGUGACGCCAUGAAGCUCGGGGUUGUUAGCUCGCAAUGUCCACACGAUGCCAAGUGGCAAUAUCGAGAAACAGAGGCUAGAAUAUCGAGAUUUGAAAAUACUUAAAUUGUUGUAAUAUCAUACAUUCAUAAUAACUAUUAGACAGUUGAUGAAAGCAAGCUUCUUGUAGAUCUCGCCCAUAACUUCAACAUUACGUUCAGAG